AUUUCCACUCUCCUAUAGAGCGAGUGGAACUAAAAUAGUUUUUGUUUCUUACUCUUUUAUCAUCCCUUACCUCUUACUUUGGGAACUGCUUCCUUCCCACUUUCACAGUUUUUGGAUUCUUUCCUUCCAACCCACAAAGAUAAGAAAUUUGUCCAUUUUGUUUGGAUCCAUCACACACUUCCAACUCAAUACAUUUCACACUUCACUUUUCUCUUUCUCUUCAAACAUCACCACUUAGCUUCAAAACCUGAAAAAGAAGAACUUGAGAAGAAAUUAAAACACCCCAAAUGGUGUUUCACUUAGGUGAGUUAAGUUCAAGAUAUUUUCUCAAAAACCCAAAAUAGAAAAAAGAAAAAAAUUUGAUUUUUUUUAUUUUUUCAAAUCCAUCACUAUUUUCAUUUUUUUCAUUUUGAAGUGAGUUUUAAGCCAAUAGAUAUGUUAGAGUAAACAUCCUAGUACUGUACUUUGUUUUAUUUGUCUGAAAUUUGUAAAAAAGUUUAGAUUUUUUUUUUUAUUAGUACUUUUGUUGUUGUUGUAAGAUGUGACUUAUUAGGAUCUUGUUUGGUUGGUUGAAACUUGAAAGAGAAUAUUUUUGUUGUUUGAUUUGUUAUAUGUCAGAAACUAUGUAUCCUAAGUUGUUAUUUGAACAUACCCAUUUGAGAAUGUCUUUGAUUAAUCAUCAAAUCUAUCAAAAAGAUGGUUACUUUAUGAAUUUUCCACCACCACCAUCACCAUCAUCACUAUCAUCACCAACACAAUCUUCAUCAAGUUCUUCAACAACACCAACACAACCAUCUUCAUCUUCUAGUACUAAAAUUAGUCCAGCUGUUCUUUUCAUCAUAGUUGUUCUUGCAGUUCUGUUCUUCAUAUCUGGUUUACUUCAUUUGCUUGUUAGAUUUCUUAUAAAGAAUCCAUCUUCAUCUAAUUCUACAUCUAAUAGACAACACCAUAAUGAAAUUUCAACUUCUGAUGCACUUCAAAGACAGUUACAACAGCUUUUUCAUUUACAUGAUUCUGGUUUAGAUCAAGCUUUCAUUGAUGCACUACCUGUUUUUCAAUUCAAGGAAAUUGUUGGUUUGAAUGAGCCUUUUGAUUGUGCUGUUUGUUUGUGUGAGUUUACUGAGAAAGAUAAGUUAAGAUUGUUACCUAUGUGUAGCCAUGCUUUUCAUAUAAGUUGUAUAGAUACUUGGCUACUUUCGAAUUCAACUUGUCCUCUUUGUAGAGGAACACUUCAAACUCAUGGAUUUUCGAUAGAAAAUCCGAUAUUCGAUUUCGAUGAUAUUAGAGAAGAUGGCGAGUUUCCUUGUAAUGGAGAGAAUGGAUUUGGUAAUAGACAAAAAGAAAUUGUAGUUGAUGAAGUUGUCGAUAAAGGGGUUUUGCCAGUUCGACUGGGGAAAUUCAAGAAGAUGAAUGCGGAAGUUGGUAGAGAGAACGAAGAAGUAGGUGAAACGAGUAGUAGUAAUUUGGAUGCAAGAAGAUGUUUUUCAAUGGGAUCUUAUCAAUAUGUGGUUGGGAAUUCGGAGUUAAGGGUAGCCUUAAGUCAUGAUAGUAGAACUCAUAACGAUGAUAUAAGGGUUAACAAAGGAAUGGAAAAUGUUAAGAAUCUUUGUGUAGAGAGUGAUUUGGAAGCAAAGAAGAUUAGUAAUGUUAGUAAAGGUGAAAGUUUUUCGAUUUCUAAGAUUUGGUUGUGGCCAAGGAAAGGAAAAUUUUCUUCGAGUUCUUUAGAAGCUCAUAAUGGGAUGGCAUUGCCAUCUUAUCUUAACAAAGAUUUGCAGCAUCAUGGAAUGAGGGAAACAGAUGGUGUAUGAAACAUUGAAAGUUGGGCAAUGAUGGUGGGGCCCACAACAGUUGGUGUGAUUGAACUUAGAAGAAUCUAUAUUUUUCUUUUUGAUUGAUUUUGAUUCAAAAAUUUGGUUGUAGAUGCUUUUUUAUGGGGCCACUUUAAUCUUCCCAUCUGUCCAUGUUGAAAUUAAAGACAAAUUUCUUUAAUAUCAAUCAUAAUUACAAUCAAUUAAUAAUCCCAAAAUUGACUUAGGGGAGGGGGUAUUUGUUCAAGAAGAAUAUGAUCUAAAAUUUGCACUUUUAAGAUUACUUAACUUGCAAACUAAUUAUCAUAGCUGUUUUGGGUUUUCUAGAUUAGUGAUCUUUGACAGAGUUAUUUUUUUAAAAAAUUUUCAUUUGGUGUAACAAGAUCACUCAUCUAUAGUUAGUUUUAUGAUAU